AUGAAUAACAUCCCCGCAUCCACCCAACCCUCCACGACCGACGACCAACAAGAUUCAGGAUACAGCAGCACCCAAUUCCCGUCGCCCAACGGCAAACUAAUAGAGUCUGAUUGUACACAAAUUCCACACCUUAGUACCAACGCCAGCGUCAACGGCAAGGGCCGAUCCGUUCCGUCUGCCCCCACGCCCAUCGCCGGCUUCUCAGAGUUUGACAAGAGCGUCGACAACGCCACGAUCUCCCGCUUCCGCCACGUGCAUUCGCUGCUUGAGAAGCCGCUGCUAGAGUAUAUUCGCAGCACGAUUCGCAAGAAACAAUGUCCGAUUUCCAUAAGAUUGAUGGUCCUGGGCCGCUCCGAAGACGAUGCGAAGCCGUGCAUUGUCGUGUUGUGUCCGGAGCAGCAAUCCAAGAAGGUCAGAAAGUUUUUCGACAAGAAAUCCGUCAGAGCUUUGCGCUUGCCCGAAGGCGGUCAACCAUCGUUUGAAGUCUUUGUCGUCGGCCGAGAGCCGGAGACGAAACAGGCAGAAGGAGACAUUGAUGUCCUCAUUCCGAUCGUUGACGAGAGCGAGGGUUAUACAAGCGAGACAUAUUGCGGAGCGCCCAUCGUUAUCCGACAGACUUCUGGUGUCGAGAAAAGAUGCACUUUCGGCGGUGUCAUAAAGGCUUCUUGGUCGAAUGGAGAGAUUAAGUUGUACGGGCUGACCGUCGGCCACAUCCUUCUAGACGACUUGGAGGAUGAUAUGACGGCCAGCACGGAGAGCGACCAGUCCAGGUGUUCCGACGACUGGGUAUUCGAGCUUUCGGAUUCCGAUAGCGAGGACAAAUCGUGUGACUCAUCUGAGGAAGAGCAAAAUGAUGAGGCCGAACCACUGCGUGGGAUGGAUGAACUCCAGUUGACUCUGCCAGGCGCCAGUUCGUCAUGGACGGCCGACGAGUUGAGCAAGAUAGGUUCCAUUUCCAAGGACUCACCGCGAUAUCAAUCCGCAGCGACCGACACAAAUUAUCAUGAGCCAGAGGUUUACUACGACUGGGCUCUUAUCGAUAUGAUCAGCUACAAGCCGAACCUCAUUCGACCGAGGAGGAUGUCACACGAUGACGCUCAGGAGGAUAGAGUCUUCAACUUCCGGGAUCAUGAACUCAUGAUGCCCGUCUUGCCGUCCAGUAGUUAUGGCAAGAGACAGCCAGUUGUCCUUGUGAGCGGAUCAGAAGGGUUAAGAUGGGGAUCUCUGUCGGCUCUGCCUUCGAGACUCCUUCUUGGCCCUGGAAGAGGGUUUGUCGACACACUCAUCUUAAACCUUGACGGCCAUAAGCAAAUUCUCGAUGGAGAUUCAGGAUCAUGGGUGGUCAACGAGACAACCCUUGAGGUGUACGGCUACGUCGUUGCUGCCGACGCAUUUGGCGGAGGCUACGUUAUUCCAUUAGCUGAAGCAUUCCGCAACAUCGCAAACACCCUGAGAUGUCAAUCUGUUGAUCUUGCUACGACAGUCGAUAUGGCAAGUGCCAAACUG